UCUCGUGUCAUAGCUUCACUUGUGUAGGUCAUUGUUACGCUAUGCCUGCGAAGUUGAUACGAAAUGAAACACAUCAAUAUAUGGACGUAUCAGUUCAUAAUUAACUCUUAUGAAUGCUUUUUGUAUGGAAUAUAAUAUAAAAACUAUGCCUUUUAAAAUUGAACUGAUACCAAAAUCAAUGGUUGUCAGUUUCAAACACGGAACAAGUCCGCGUAAAGGAAUUCGUACGAAAGUGUCGGCGGUGUCAAGAUAAGUUAUUACCUAACCGCAUGAUAAACAAUUAUGAUUUAAGCCAGUUCCUCGAAAAUUUUAAAUGACACUUCAUCACUAACCAGAAAACGUAACAGUCCAGUUCCUUUUUAUAGUUCAUGCCGGUCCAAAUACUGGUACCUCAUUCUUCCGUAGUCUUAAAUAUUGGUAGAGUACUCACAGUACGUGACAUUUACUCGUAUGUACUGAACAAGACGUGCAUGACAUGCGAUGGCAUUCAGAUCAACUGGAACCCCCCUGAGCAUGAAGAUAGUGUUAAAAAACGUAAGUGGUGAGAGCAUCACAAUUGAUGUAAAGCCUGAAGAUACUUUCCGUGACCUAAAGUCAAGAAUACAGAAUGAAUCUGGCGUUCAGCUUGAUCUAGAACAACUGAAUUUUAAAGGAAAGAAGAUAACGGAUGAUCAGAUUGUUGCAGAAUAUUUCUUUGAUGAUAUUGGUGCUGGUGAAGAAAGUGGGCCAAAACAAGAAGUCGCUGAUAAUGUUCAGUCACUGGCAUGUGCCGUGCCUGGGUGCCAUAACAGUAAAUCUUCGUGUCCUGAUAAAUACUUCUUCCAUUUUCCAGUUUCUGAAGACAGGUGCCGGCAUUGGCUGUUGGUUUGUAGACGUCUUGAUCUACUGGAUAAGCCAUGUGCCUUAGUGAGUCAGCAUAAUGUUGUAUGUUCUGAUCAUUUCAUAGCCAGUCAGUUUGCUGAUAAUUCUAAACAAAGACUGAAGAAAGGAGCUAUUCCAACUUUGCUUGACUUCAGCAGUCCGAAUGUUCCAGUGGAAAUAAUGGAUGGUGAUCAAAUCAUUGUAGAAGAGAACUGUGAAAUAGUCAUCAAACAGGAGCAAGGAGCAAAGCCACAUGUUGAACUUGAUUAUGACAGUGACCUUGGAGACGUGGAUGAAGAAUUGGUAUCAGAACAUCCGGGCCAACUCUGCAGACUCUGCGCAUCUGCUGUUAAUGAAGUGGUUUACAUUUUUAGUGGUACUGGGAAAAAACAGCACAUUGCUGAGAAAAUUAAUAUGUGUUUACCUGUGACGGUUAAAUGUACAGAUCCUCUGCCAAAACAGCUGUGUGCACCUUGCAUCAACAAGUUAAACAUGUGUCAUGAAUUUGCAGAAUCUUGCAUUCAGGCAGAAAAUAAACUCCUUGAAUUGAAUGAAAGGAAGCAUUUCAGGUCACAUGCUGUAUAUGAUAUGGAAGACAAUAAAGCAAAUGUUGCUAUUAUUGCCAUCAAAUCUGAACAUGAGCCUGAAAAUGCUGGUAUAGAAAGCAGUUUUAUCAAUGGAAGUGUGACAUAUUGUACAGGAACAAAACAGGGUUCAACCAUUAAUGGUGUCCAGGAAUCUAACAAUAUAGAAGAAAUCUGUGGAGGAAACCGUGCUUAUUUCUGUCCUCUUUGCUGUGAUGGCAAUAUGUCCAUUAGAAGUGAUGCACCCGAAGGCAGUGAAAAUUAUGAUUUGGCAUUAUUAAAGGAAAUUGGAGCAAAAAUAUAUAAGAAGAAUAAUGUGCAUCACUCAGAAGAAUUUCAUGAUGGUCAUGAAGUAGUGAUGCAGAAUAAUUUACUUGCUGAAACCAGUGAGGAUAGUAAUACUGUAUGGGGUGAUGAUGGUCCAGUGGAAAGUGUUAAUUUGAGAAGUAUAUCUCAAGAAGACAGCAAAAUUGUAGGGGACGAUAAACUAUAUAAUAUGGUAGAUGGCACUGUAAACUUACUGUACCCAAAAGUAGAGUUUCCCAGCUGUCGUCUUUGUGGAGAGACAUUUGCGAACAUAGAGCUCUGUCUGGAUCAUGCCAAGUGUCACAUGGAGUCAGAUCUUUAUCCUUGUAGCCUAUGUGAAUUGUGUUUCACAAGUGAAUUGUGCCUAGUAAGUCACUGUGAGGAGCACAAGGCAGAAGAAAGGCGAUUACGACCUAAAGGCUCAAAGCGCCUGGUAUGUGCCACGUGUGGGAGAAGGUUCAACAAUUCCAAAACUUUGGCUGGCCAUAACUGUUUCAGUGCAACACGACCUUUCAAGUGUUUAGAAUGUGGUAAAUUUUUCCGUACUGAGGCCAGACUUGAAUUUCAUCAGCAGAUCCAUGAAGGUGGCAGUCCUGUGGUGUGUGAGCACUGUGGCAAGGAAUUCAGCCGAGAAAACAACCUUUUUGAUCAUGUGCGUUUGGUGCACAUGGGUGAGAAAGCACAUCGGUGUGAACAGUGUGGGAAGUCAUUCCAGCUGAAGGCUCGUCUUGUUGCCCAUCAGCGUGUACAUACUGGUGAACGUCCCUUUGUUUGCAAUAUUUGUGGAGGGAAAUUCUAUGACAAUGCAACACUUAAGGGCCAUCGAGUCACUCACAUGGAUGUGAAACCUUUUCAGUGUGACAAAUGUGGCCGUUGUUUUGCCCGGAAAACUUUGUUUAAGCAACAUGUUAUGGCUCAUGUGGAUGAGUACAAGCAGCCCAGAAUGUAUAACUGCAAGUUGUGCAUUGAUAGUAUCUUCCCUACAUAUGCCAAACUUGUUGAACAUAGGAAGGAUUCACAUCCUUCAGUUAAAUCCUUUGAGGAUGAUGUAACUCCACAUAACACAAAACCAUUUAAAUGUGAGGACUGUGGAAAGUCAUUUGCAUAUCGGGUGACUUUAGUAGCACAUUGUAGGAAUCAUACUGGAGAGUUGCCAUUUGGUUGUGAGUUCUGUGAAAAAAGAUUUUCUCAGAAACGUUCCUUAGUGUUGCAUCGUCGUACACAUACAGGAGAGAAACCAUUUGGCUGUGAUGUAUGUGGUAAACGGUUUGUUCAGAGUGCCCACCUGUACUCUCAUCUUCGUCUACACACGGGUGAAAAACCAUACCAGUGUGAAGUAUGUGGUGAUCGUUUCAGACUCAAGGAUGUGCGUGAUGCACAUCUUCGCAAACACACUGGCGAACGCCCAUUCAAAUGCAGUGUAUGUGCAAAAGCAUUUAGAACUAGUCAUUCUUAUUAUCAACACAUGUGGAUCCACCAAGGCAAGAAACCAUACCCUUGUGAAUAUUGUGGAAAAGCAUUUCGUCGAUCAAAUGGACUUAAAAUUCAUAUCCGAAUUCAUACAGGUGAAAAACCACAUGCCUGUGAUAUAUGUGGUCGCUGCUUCGCACAGAAGCAGGAUAUGAAAAAACAUAGAAAUUUGCAUGUUGCAGGCAAAUUGUAACAGUUGUCUUCGUCUACUGUUAAUGGCAAUAUAAUAAUAGUAGAGUUGCUUAGGACAUUCAGCGACAAGAUGUUCUCAUGUUUUAGGUACUAGUAUUUUGUGUCAUGAUCAUGUUUGUCAACAUUUUAAUAAAUAGUUGUGAUGAAGUUCUUCUUUUUGGCAGGUGAUGUUUUCAUGUAUGGAUGAUAUGAAAUGUAUAUUCUCAUGACUAUAGACAGGUUAUUGAUUGGUGAAUGGAUUUAUUGACCACUUAUACACACUGUUCAGAACUACAAGUAAAAACAGCACUAUAGCUUCAUACUUUACAAAGCACCACAACACCUGCUAAGCCUUUUUACAGUCUGCUAUGUCUUCAAGAGCUGUUCCCUAGCAGUGGCUUCUAACAGUGGAGAUUCUCCAGCCUCCUGCACUCAGGUUCAAUCUUCACAGCCUCCCAUGCAGAAUUCAGCCCUCAACUGACUGAGUUUCCCUAAUUGUCUUCCUUAUAACCCCUUUGCACAGACCGAGUAGAAAACACUUUUUCACCUGUAACUCUAUUGUCAUAAAGGCUUGUUUACCAUACUGUUGCUUAGCAACAGCUGUUGUGUCAUUGUUUUAAGGUCUUUGUCUAGCAAUGGGUUUAUACACCACAUUGCCCCCUCCUUAAGGCUAUUCAUCCUGAAUAGCGUACAGGCAUGCCACCAUUUCUUCUUUUCUGAGGGCUGUGCUUGUGACAUCUGUGAUGGUCUCGCCUUCCACCCAGUGGCUCAGUUUGCAUGGUGUUUACUCUCCAACUGCUCUCACUGCUCCCUCCUUAAGCGCACUUUUAUACUUGCAUGCCACAUGCCAGGCAUGUGUAUUAACAUUGUUUAAAUGGGACCAUUUUAUACUUACCUGCUCACAUCGAGCGGUCACUUUCUGCCGCCUGGCAUGUGACUGAGGCAUGUCGGGACAGGCGUGCGGCCAUCAGCGCCUAGCGUGUCCCGCCAUGCGGGUGGGACCAAUACCAUACGGGAGUUUUUAUAGUUGACGCUUCACGCCAAGCGGUUUGGUUCAGUUCAGUUCAGUUCAGUUCAGUUUAGCUUCUAGUCUU